CACUGUCCUCGCUAUUGUGUGUGCGUGUGUGUGUGUGAACGCGUURAUUUACAAGAAAGUACUUCAAUAAUACCAAAAAGAAAAAAACACCCACAAAAUGUCAACAAAUUAAAUUGAGUUGCAUUUUGCCAUUGACAGGUGCUAAGCGGGCGAGCGACUGUAGCAGGCAGCAACAACAAUUAACCAAGCGAGCAGCAAUAUUAAUAGCAAGCAGCUGCUGGUGGGAGGCAUUAAAACAACAACAAAGGCAAACACUCGCUCACACACACACACACACACACUCAUACAUGCACAGAUAGACGAGCCAGCGCAGGAAAAACAAAUACAAAGGCAGCUUUUCCAGAAAUUGGGUCGCGUUCGUUUUUUUUGUUUUCUUUUUUCGAGAUUCAAAUUUGGUUUCCAUUCGCCUUUUGUUAUGGAAACUUUGAGCACAUGUUUCGCCUGAAACGCAACUGGACCCAGUAGAGAAAAUCCCUCUCCCUCUCACGACUCCACCAGCGAGCGAGCGUCAUGAGUGUCGUUGGCAAGCAACUGAAUCCCGUGCAAUCGAAUCCGGCCGCCGCCGCCGCCUCCUCCUCGGCAGCUGCAGUCGCUCCGGGCAGCAGCAACAGCAACAGCAGCAGCAGUGAGUCGAACGGCGCGAAUGCUGCAGCUGGCGCCGCCGCUGGCAUUGGCAUCAGCAUCGGCAUUGGCGCCGGCGACGUCAAGCGCAAGGAGGAAUCCAAUGUGACACCGGAGGAUGUGCUGCGCCUGAACAAAAUCACAGACGAUUAUCUGUGCUCGGCCAACGCGAAUGUGUUCGAGAUCGACUUUACACGCUUCAAGAUACGCGACCUGGAGAGCGGCGCCGUGCUCUUUGAGAUAGCCAAGCCACCCAGCGAGCAGUUCCCAGAUGGCCUCUCCGUCGAGGACACCAUGCUGGCCGCCGCCGAGGAUCUGUCGCUCGAUGACACUGCCGAUCCCAAUGCCGGGCGCUAUGUGCGCUACCAAUUCACGCCAGCCUUUCUCAACCUGAAGACAGUGGGUGCCACUGUCGAGUUCACUGUGGGCAGCCAGCCAGUUAACAAUUUUCGCAUGAUCGAGCGUCACUUCUUUCGCGACCGCUUGCUAAAGACUUUCGACUUUGAGUUCGGCUAUUGCAUUCCACACUCCAAGAACACUUGCGAGCACAUCUACGAGUUCCCCAAUCUUCCGCCAGAUCUCGUUGCUGAAAUGAUAUCCAGUCCGUUCGAGACACGCUCGGACAGCUUUUACUUUGUAGAGAAUCGACUCGUAAUGCACAACAAGGCGGACUACGCCUACGAUGGGGGCAAACCUACCUAGACCUACGCCGAGAGCUAAGAAUUGAUGCAGCAGCUACACUAUAACUAAAACCUAUAGCAGCAAAAAAAAAAAAAAAAAACAAAAAAAAAAAAAA